AUGCAACGGCCGCAAGGAUCGCAACAAACCGAUUCCAACACGCUCUUGGGGGCCCACCAUCCGGCCAGCCCAAAGUCUUCGCCCCGGACCUCACACACAGGCAGUCGAGCGAACGAAGAACACCUGACCGGCGACAUCCGCAAGUACACGAACACCGACGGUAAUACAUCGGACGCACGUGCACAAGCGUUCGACAGACUGCACACUCACAGGCCCUCUAAACACAAACACGAACAUGAGUAUCCGACACCCAUUUUCCCGAACACCAUCGAACCCACUGAGCACAACAUGCCCCAUGCCAUAACUGCUACCAACGACGAAAUGAAACGCAACUCGAAAACAAGCACCGACACACAAAUCCAGCCGCAGCCCGCAUACGAUCGAAUAAACGCACGCGAUGCGCACGAACAAGAAACACACACAAUCACUCCCACACAUUCGGAUUCCAGUGCUGAACGGACUGCGGAUGUCAGCGCCGCGCUCAUAUCCCCUGCUGUCCAAACACGCACCCACUCGACAUAUACGCAACAGCCGAAAGUCUCAAAACAAAUUGAUUCCAACACGCUCUUGGAAGCCCAGCAUCCGGCAAGCUCAAAGUCAUCGCCCCGGACCUCACACACAGGCAGUCGAGCGAACGAAGAACACCUGACCGGCGACAUCCGCAAGUACACGAACACCGACGGUAAUACAUCGGACGCACGUGCACAAGCGCUCGACAGACUGCACACACACAUGCUCUCGAAUCACGAGCACGAGCGUGACAGUGCGACAUUCACUGUCACAAACACCAUCAAACCAACUGAGCACAACAUGCCCCAUGCCAUAACUGCUACCAACGACGAAAUGAAACGCAACUCGAAAACAAGCACCGACACACAAAUCCAGCCGCAGCCCGCAUACGAUCGAAUAAACGCACGCGAUGCGCACGAACAAGAAACACACACAAUCACUCCCACACAUUCGGAUUCCAGUGCUGAACGGCCUGCAGUGGUCAGUGCCUCACGCAUAUCCCCUGCUGUCCAAACACACACCCACUCGACAUACAUGCAACGGCCGGAAGUCUCAAAACAAACUGAUUCCAACACGCUCUUGGAAGCCCAGCUUCCGGCCAGCCCGAGGUCAUCGCGCCAGACGUCAUACACUUGCAGUCGAGCGAACGAAGAACACCUGACUGGCGACAUCCGCAAGUACACGAACACCGACGGUAAUACAUCGGACGCACGUGCACAAGCACUCGACAGACUGCACACUCACAGGCCCUCUAAACACAAACACGAACAUGAGUAUCCGACACCCAUUUUCCCGAACACCAUCGAACCCACUGAGCACAACAUGCCCCAUGCCAUAACUGCUACCAACGACGAAAUGAAACGCAACUCGAAAACAAGCACCGACACACAAAUCCAGCCGCAGCCCGCAUACGAUCGAAUAAACGCACGCGAUGCGCACGAACAAGAAACACACACAAUCACUCCCACACAUUCGGAUUCCAGUGCUGAACGGCCUGCAGUGGUCAGUGCCUCACGCAUAUCCCCUGCUGUCCAAACACACACCCACUCGACAUACAUGCAACGGCCGGAAGUCUCAAAACAAACUGAUUCCAACACGCUCUUGGAAGCCCAGCUUCCGGCCAGCCCGAGGUCAUCGCGCCAGACGUCAUACACUUGCAGUCGAGCGAACGAAGAACAACUGACCGGCGACAUCCGCAAGUACACGAACACCGACGGUAAUACAUCGGACGCACGUGCACAAGCGCUCGACAGACUGCACACUCACAGGCCCUCUAAACACAAACACGAACAUGAGUAUCCGACACCCAUUUUCCCGAACACCAUCGAACCCACUGAGCACAACAUGCCCCAUGCCAUAACUGCUACCAACGACGAAAUGAAACGCAACUCGAAAACAAGCACCGACACACAAAUCCAGCCGCAGCCCGCAUACGAUCGAAUAAACGCACGCGAUGCGCACGAACAAGAAACACACACAAUCACUCCCACACAUUCGGAUUCCAGUGCUGAACGGCCUGCAGUGGUCAGUGCUUCACGCAUAUCCCCUGCUGUCCAAACACACACCCACUCGACAUACAUGCAACGGCCGGAAGUCUCAAAACAAACUGAUUCCAACACGCUCUUGGAAGCCCAGCUUCCGGCCAGCCCGAGGUCAUCGCGCCAGACGUCAUACACUUGCAGUCGAGCGAACGAAGAACACCUGACCGGCGACAUCCGCAAGUACACGAACACCGACGGUAAUACAUCGGACGCACGUGCACAAGCGCUCGACAGACUGCACACUCACAGGCCCUCUAAACACAAACACGAACAUGAGUAUCCGACACCCAUUUUCCCGAACACCAUCGAACCCACUGAGCACAACAUGCCCCAUGCCAUAACUGCUACCAACGACGAAAUGAAACGCAACUCGAAAACAAGCACCGACACACAAAUCCAGCCGCAGCCCGCAUACGAUCGAAUAAACGCACGCGAUGCGCACGAACAAGAAACACACACAAUCACUCCCACACAUUCGGAUUCCAGUGCUGAACGGCCUGCAGUGGUCAGUGCCUCACGCAUAUCCUCUGCUGUCCAAACGCACACCCACUCGACAUACAUGCAACGGCCGCAAGGAUCGCAACAAACCGAUUCCAACACGCACUUGGGGGCCCACCAUCCGGCCAGCCCAAAGUCAUCGCCCCAGAUCUCACACACAUGCAGUCGAACAAACGAAGAACAACUGACCGGCGACAUCCGCAAGUACACGAACACCGACGGUAAUACAUCGGACGCACGUGCACAAGCGCUCGACAGACUGCACACUCACAGGCCCUCUAAACACAAACACGAACAUGAGUAUCCGACACCCAUUUUCCCGAACACCAUCGAACCCACUGAGCACAACAUGCCCCAUGCCAUAACUGCUACCAACGACGAAAUGAAACGCAACUCGAAAACAAGCACCGACACACAAAUCCAGCCGCAGCCCGCAUACGAUCGAAUAAACGCACGCGAUGCGCACGAACAAGAAACACACACAAUCACUCCCACACAUUCGGAUUCCAGUGCUGAACGGCCUGCAGUGGUCAGUGCUUCACGCAUAUCCCCUGCUGUCCAAACACACACCCACUCGACAUACAUGCAACGGCCGGAAGUCUCAAAACAAACUGACUCCAACACGCUCUUGGAAGCCCAGCUUCCGGCCAGCCCGAGGUCAUCGCGCCAGACGUCAUACACUUGCAGUCGAGCGAACGAAGAACACCUGACCGGCGACAUCCGCAAGUACACGAACACCGACGGUAAUACAUCGGACGCACGUGCACAAGCGCUCGACAGACUGCACACUCACAGGCCCUCUAAACACAAACACGAACAUGAGUAUCCGACACCCAUUUUCCCGAACACCAUCGAACCCACUGAGCACAACAUGCCCCAUGCCAUAACUGCUACCAACGACGAAAUGAAACGCAACUCGAAAACAAGCACCGACACACAAAUCCAGCCGCAGCCCGCAUACGAUCGAAUAAACGCACGCGAUGCGCACGAACAAGAAACACACACAAUCACUCCCACACAUUCGGAUUCCAGUGCUGAACGGCCUGCAGUGGUCAGUGCCUCACGCAUAUCCCCUGCUGUCCAAACACACACCCACUCGACAUACAUGCAACGGCCGGAAGUCUCAAAACAAACUGAUUCCAACACGCUCUUGGAAGCCCAGCUUCCGGCCAGCCCGAGGUCAUCGCGCCAGACGUCAUACACUUGCAGUCGAGCGAACGAAGAACACCUGACCGGCGACAUCCGCAAGUACACGAACACCGACGGUAAUACAUCGGACGCACGUGCACAAGCGCUCGACAGACUGCACACUCACAGGCCCUCUAAACACAAACACGAACAUGAGUAUCCGACACCCAUUUUCCCGAACACCAUCGAACCCACUGAGCACAACAUGCCCCAUGCCAUAACUGCUACCAACGACGAAAUGAAACGCAACUCGAAAACAAGCACCGACACACAAAUCCAGCCGCAGCCCGCAUACGAUCGAAUAAACGCACGCGAUGCGCACGAACAAGAAACACACACAAUCACUCCCACACAUUCGGAUUCCAGUGCUGAACGGCCUGCAGUGGUCAGUGCCUCACGCAUAUCCCCUGCUGUCCAAACACACACCCACUCGACAUACAUGCAACGGCCGGAAGUCUCAAAACAAACUGAUUCCAACACGCUCUUGGGGGCCCACCAUCCGGCCAGCCCAAAGUCAUCGCCCCAAAUCUCACACACAUGCAGUCGAACAAAAGAAGAACAACUGACCGGCGACAUCCGCAAGUACACGAACACCGACGGUAAUACAUCGGACGCACGUGCACAAGCGCUCGACAGACUGCACAAUCACAGGCCCUCUAAACACAAACACGAACAUGAGUAUCCGACACCCAUUUUCCCGAACACCAUCGAACCCACUGAGCACAACAUGCCCCAUGCCAUAACUGCUACCAACGACGAAAUGAAACGCAACUCGAAAACAAGCACCGACACACAAAUCCAGCCGCAGCCCGCAUACGAUCGAAUAAACGCACGCGAUGCGCACGAACAAGAAACACACACAAUCACUCCCACACAUUCGGAUUCCAGUGCUGAACGGCCUGCAGUGGUCAGUGCCUCACGCAUAUCCCCUGCUGUCCAAACACACACCCACUCGACAUACAUGCAACGGCCGGAAGUCUCAAAACAAACUGAUUCCAACACGCUCUUGGAAGCCCAGCUUCCGGCCAGCCCGAGGUCAUCGCGCCAGACGUCAUACACUUGCAGUCGAGCGAACGAAGAACACCUGACCGGCGACAUCCGCAAGUACACGAACACCGACGGUAAUACAUCGGACGCACGUGCACAAGCGCUCGACAGACUGCACACUCACAGGCCCUCUAAACACAAACACGAACAUGAGUAUCCGACACCCAUUUUCCCGAACACCAUCGAACCCACAGAGCACAACAUGCCCCAUGCCAUAACUGCUACCAACGACGAAAUGAAACGCAACUCGAAAACAAGCACCGACACACAAAUCCAGCCGCAGCCCGCAUACGAUCGAAUAAACGCACGCGAUGCGCACGAACAAGAAACACACACAAUCACUCCCACACAUUCGGAUUCCAGUGCUGAACGGCCUGCAGUGGUCAGUGCCUCACGCAUAUCCCCUGCUGUCCAAACACACACCCACUCGACAUACAUGCAACGGCCGGAAGUCUCAAAACAAACUGAUUCCAACACGCUCUUGGGGGCCCAGCAUCCGGCCAGCCCAAAGUCAUCGCCCCACAUCUCACACACAUGCAGUCGAGCGAACGAAGAACAACUGACUGGCGACAUCCGCAAGUACACGAACACCGACGGUAAUACAUCGGACGCACGUGCACAAGCGCUCGACAGACUGCACACUCACAGGCCCUCUAAACACAAACACGAACAUGAGUAUCCGACACCCAUUUUCCCGAACACCAUCGAACCCACUGAGCACAACAUGCCCCAUGCCAUAACUGCUACCAACGACGAAAUGAAACGCAACUCGAAAACAAGCACCGACACACAAAUCCAGCCGCAGCCCGCAUACGAUCGAAUAAACGCACGCGAUGCGCACGAACAAGAAACACACACAAUCACUCCCACACAUUCGGAUUCCAGUGCUGAACGGCCUGCAGUGGUCAGUGCCUCACGCAUAUCCCCUGCUGUCCAAACACACACCCACUCGACAUACAUGCAACGGCCGGAAGUCUCAAAACAAACUGAUUCCAACACGCUCUUGGAAGCCCAGCUUCCGGCCAGCCCGAGGUCAUCGCGCCAGACGUCAUACACUUGCAGUCGAGCGAACGAAGAACAACUGACCGGCGACAUCCGCAAGUACACGAACACCGACGGUAAUACAUCGGACGCACGUGCACAAGCGCUCGACAGACUGCACACUCACAGGCCCUCUAAACACAAACACGAACAUGAGUAUCCGACACCCAUUUUCCCGAACACCAUCGAACCCACUGAGCACAACAUGCCCCAUGCCAUAACUGCUACCAACGACGAAAUGAAACGCAACUCGAAAACAAGCACCGACACACAAAUCCAGCCGCAGCCCGCAUACGAUCGAAUAAACGCACGCGAUGCGCACGAACAAGAAACACACACAAUCACUCCCACACAUUCGGAGUCCAGUGCUGAACGGCCUGCAGUGGUCAGUGCCUCACGCAUAUCCCCUGCUGUCCAAACACACACCCACUCGACAUACAUGCAACGGCCGGAAGUCUCAAAACAAACUGAUUCCAACACGCUCUUGGAAGCCCAGCUUCCGGCCAGCCCGAGGUCAUCGCGCCAGACGUCAUACACUUGCAGUCGAGCGAACGAAGAACACCUGACCGGCGACAUCCGCAAGUACACGAACACCGACGGUAAUACAUCGGACGCACGUGCACAAGCGCUCGACAGACUGCACACUCACAGGCCCUCUAAACACAAACACGAACAUGAGUAUCCGACACCCAUUUUCCCGAACACCAUCGAACCCACUGAGCACAACAUGCCCCAUGCCAUAACUGCUACCAACGACGAAAUGAAACGCAACUCGAAAACAAGCACCGACACACAAAUCCAGCCGCAGCCCGCAUACGAUCGAAUAAACGCACGCGAUGCGCACGAACAAGAAACACACACAAUCACUCCCACACAUUCGGAUUCCAGUGCUGAACGGCCUGCAGUGGUCAGUGCCUCACGCAUAUCCCCUGCUGUCCAAACACACACCCACUCGACAUACAUGCAACGGCCGGAAGUCUCAAAACAAACUGAUUCCAACACGCUCUUGGAAGCCCAGCUUCCGGUCAGCCUAAGUCAUCGCCCCACAUCUCACACACAUGCAGUCGAGCGAACGAAGAACACCUGA